UUCUGGGAUGGUUCUACAAACCUGCGAGAGCAACACGAUGCCUUGGAAUUUUUUAAUUGUCUGGUAGAGAACAUCGAUGAAGCCAUGAAGCUUUGUGGUAUGCCAAAACCCGUGGACCAUGUCCUCGGUGGCAUCUUCGAGGACCAGACAAUUUGUGUUGACUGCCCGCACAGGUACCAUCGUGAGGAGUCCUUCCUUGCGAUGAAUGUGGUCAUCAAAAAUCAUCGGAAUCUGAUGGAGUCAAUGGAGGAGUACGUGAAGAGUGAUCUCCUCGAUCGGGCCAAUGCCUAUUUCUGCGAGAAGUGUGGCACAAAGGUGGCUGUUCAGAAGCGGACCUGCAUCAAACGCCUACCCUUGGUGUUGGCUGUACACUUGAAGCGCUUUGACUAUGACUGGGACAGGCGCAUAGCGAUCAAGUCGAAUGACUACUUUGAGUUUCCACACCAACUCGAUAUGGAACCCUACACCGUUGAUGGUAUUGCCAAGGCUUCGCAACGGGGCGCAGUCUCCCCUGCCUCCCCAGAGGACCCAUCUACUCCCUGUCCUGUAGUGACCAGAGAUCAAGGUGAUCCGAGCCAAAUUAGUUCGGACAGUGCCUUGGGCACACCAACCAUUGAGCCAAGCGGUUCCGGGGACGAUACCGAACCCCACUCCUCCAAUUCCCCACAACCGACACGGUAUACCCUCCGUGGCGUGGUUGUUCACAGUGGACAGGCCUCCAGCGGCCACUAUUACUCCUAUAUACUGCAUCAUAAUGAAGUGAACGGCACCUACCGUUGGUACAAAUACGACGAUACUAAGGUUAGUCCCACUUGCUCAUGGUAA